AUGGCACCGUUAUCAGAAACCGCGAAGAACUACAAAGACGCUCUGUCCGAACUGAAAAUGAACAGCAAACCAAUCAUAACGAGUUUGACGAUGUUAGCGACGGAAAUAGCGAAAACGGACGACGACGAAGCGAAGACGGAAGCGAGGAAUAUCGCCAACGUGAUUGAAACCAGAGUCGUGGAGAAAGCGAGAGAUAGUCGAGUGGCGUUGGCGACUUUGUACGUGUUAGAUUCGAUCGCGAAGAAUUGCCGAGACCCGUACGCGUCGGUGUUUGCGCCGCACGUGGCUGGGGUGUUUUUGACCUUGUUCGCGCAGACGGACGAAAAGACGAAACAAUCGAUGAAAAAAUUAUUGGGAACGUGGGAAACGCAAAACGUGUUUCCGAGAGAAGUUUUAGCGAGAAUUCAAACGGACGUAGAUUUGAGUGGGAACGCGCGAGUACCGCCGCCACCACCACCGAUCGUGCACCAACACCAACAGAGAGUCGUACCGCCACCGCCGCCGAUACUUAUGAUGGGACAACCGGCGGCGGCGCCACUGCAGCAGCAGCAGCAGCAAUUUUUAGGACAACCGGCGCCGCUCGUAGCUGGUGGCAUGCCGGUCGUUUUACCGGACUUGAGUGGAUUGUUGAACACGCUCAAAGCGCAACAAGCGCAAUCUUCUAUGGGAGGAGGAUCUCAUCAAUCGUUGCAAGGUAUCGUCGCCGCUGCGCCGCAGCACCACCACCACCGACCGGUGACGCCAGAUUUCGCGAACGAAGACUUUGAUUUCCUAGAUGCCGAAGAAAGCUUGAAGAAGUUUAAGAGAGAUCCAAAAUCGAUGAAUAAGCGGCGCGAGUAUUUAGUCAACGCGUUGUACGAUGAUUUACCGUUUAAAUGCGCACAAACCGGACGUCGCUUCGCGUCGAAAGAGUCGUUGGAUCAACACAUGGAUUGGUUACACGCGAAGAGAAGAAGGAAGAAAUCCGGUCGCGCCUGUCGAGGAUGGCACGUCUCGGCGAAGGAGUGGAUUAAAGGAACGAUUAAGAUGGGUGAGGUGGACCCUGAAUUCGACGCGUUCGCCGCUGGAGAGAAGAAGAAGAAAGAAAACGCCGUAGGGAUCGUCAUCGAUGAAAAUUUAGAUUUGAACGAUUUGCCGAGCGUCCUGGCGAUCGAGUCGCAGAAAAAGUGCGCGUUAUCUGGAGAACCGUUCGAAACGUUUUGGAACGAAAAAGCGCAGGAAUGGCACUAUGGUAAAGCGGUGAAGUUGAAACGAGCGAUUGGAUCGAAGAAAGUUAAAGCUGGGGAAAUUGCGUUGAUUAGCGCCAUCCCGAAGGAAGAGUUGGAGCCAGAACUCAUCGAAGCCAUCGCAAAGGCGCAGCCGAGAAACGCAUCCACGAAAGGUGCAGUUUUACGCGAAAGUAAGCGCGCAAAGAAGUAA